AGACAGGAACCGGCUGAGGCUACAUCGGAUGACACACUGCAUCGUGCCUGCAUAUAUGCUCUGAACGUAAACAAAAAUAUUGUUGUUGUGACAUCAUUUCAGUUUUAUCGUAACGUGGAGGAAGUGCAACAAAUACUCAAAUGUUGCCACAUGGAUUGAUGGAAUAUGAAGUGACCAGGAAUGGACAAUUCAAUAUUAAAAUUGAACUGACUGUAAAGUAGCAGAAGUUUGGCAGAUAAUGCCAAGAUCCUCUCAGUAUCAGACCAAGAUCAAGAUUAUUAUGAGGAUGGUGUUAUGAAAGUUGUGAUAGCCACAAUGUCGCAUGGUCACAGAAGGUUGGCACUUGCAGCCCAAAAAUCACUACAUGGAUGUGGCUUUGUGUGUUGGUGCAGCCAGCCGGGAAAGCCAGGAGCGAAUGGUAAUCCCGUAGUGGCCCUUGGCUUACGGCCCUGCUCUUCAAAAGCUACCGAAAAUGAGGAUGCCAUUGAAAAAGAUCAAAAGCAGAGAGGGCAGUCGACAUUUCAGGAAAGAUUGAAGUACCUCAGGACAUCUCUUGCUGCUACUGGGGUAAGAGUGCAAGAUAACGUUCACAGCUCGCGGGAGAAGUUUCUGGGCACCUUUUUCUCGUUGCAGACCCAGCCAGAAAACGGGGAGGCAAAACACAGUGAGAGUAAGAGCGAAACUUGUUUGGGCUCAAGCAGUGAGCCAAAACAAUCUGAUGUUGAUGCCAGCUCAAUAAGCCCUGUAGAUGAUGAACGCUGUAAUCCUCCUGCAACAUUUGACCCAGAACUGCACGAAGCAAAUGGCAGCGAAGAGCAGCGUGGCGUGCAAGAGGAAUCCCCUUCAGAAGAUGCAAACAGAAAGUCCCCUUCAGAAGAUACCAACGGAAAGUAUGCCCGAACAGAUUUCUGGGUCAACAUCCCGUCUUUUCAGGAUCGAAUCAACCGACUGAAAGUCCCUUUCUGGGGAAGUGUGAGCCAGAAGGCAGAUACUGGUGACGAGUCACAAACAAAGAUCAACAGUGUGGAUCUCUGCAAACCCAAUGACAGCAAAGGUGCUGUUGGUCAGCAGUUUGAAUCAAGGGAUGCAGACUCGUUGAAACCAGAAAGCCAUGAUGUUACGGCUGCAGCAGAGUCGAAUCUAGAGUCUGAAAAUCCAUCCGAUCAGCAGCCACAGGAUUCCACAAUUAAACCCAGCACUCUGUCUUCUGUAACAAGUAGCAUCCCCAGCAUUAACUUGACAAGCACGGCAGCUGUCCAGAGUGUGAUCAAGUCCUUCCCGGGUCGGAAGCCCUCCGUUGAGAUGGAGACCAAAGUUGCAAAGAAACCCCUGCAGGACCUCGAACCAGAUGCCUUUGACUUGGACACCAGCCCCAUCCUCAGCAUGAAUGUUGCCCUUGAAGAGCAGAGGGCGAUGCGUGGGGACGUCGGCAGGCAGGUGUCCCCUGCCAAGGAGACAGAGAAGGAAGCCAAGAUGAGGAAAGAGAGGGCAGUUGAGGCAGUAGAGGCUGCAGCAAAGAAACCCAGGAAGCAGAUCAAACUUGUAAUAUCCAAGACCUCAAUUGACGAUCGCACCAAGAACUUGGCAAUUGGAGUCCGCAGUGCGACCAGCAAUGCGAUGAGGCUGUUGAAACUGGAGAGACUGUGCAGCCACUUGAUGCAGCAUCCAGAAUCACGAGAGGUGGCUAUAAAGGAGAGGCUGAUUCCUUCCUUGCUGAAGAUGCAGACAUCAUGGGACACAGCCCUGAAGGAGCAGGUCAGAGAGGCACUCGCCAUCCUGGGCUAUGCAGCCCCAGUCAAGGGGCGGGGCCUCAGGAUCUUAUCAAUUGAUGGAGGGGGUACAAGGGGCGUCAUUGCAAUCGAGACCCUUCGGGAGAUCGAAAGCCGCACUGCCAAGCCCAUCCGAGAGCUCUUUGACUACGUGAUUGGGGUGAGCUCAGGGUCCGUGCUGGGCUUCCUUCUGGCCUGCGGCGGCGCCCCCCUGGAUGAGUGUGAGGACCUCUAUACACAGCUCAGCCAGGAGGUUUUCAAGAGGAACACGUUCCUUGGCACCAGCAAGUUGUUCCUGAGCCACGCCUUCUAUGACACAGAGGGCUGGAUUAAAAUACUCAAGUCCCAUAAUAUGGCAGACGUUCCAAUGAUAUCUACAGCAAAGCAGACAGAAUGUCCAAAGGUAGCAGCUGUUGCUACUUUAAUGAAUGUGGGCUCCAUCAAAGACUUCCUGUUCAGAAACUACAACCUGCCGCCUGGUACCCAGUCCCACUACAGGGGUGCGUGCAAGUAUGAAUUGUGGCAAGCAGCAAGAGCUUCCUCAGCAGCACCUGGCUAUUUCGAAGAGUGUAAAUUGGAUGAAUAUGUGUUCCAGGAUGGAGGAGUGCUGACCAACAACCCAUGUGCCCUAGCCAUACACGAGUGUCGUCUUCUGUGGCCUGAAACCCCUAUUCAGUGUGUGGUGUCGGUGGGCAGUGGGCGCUACGACCCGGAAGAUGGCAACAUGGAGCCUGAAUACAGCAGCUUGAAGAAGAAACUCACUAACAUCAUGAGCAGUGCCACUGACACAGAAUCUGUACACACAGUUCUACAGGAUCUCCUCCCGAGCGGCACCUACUUCCGCUUCAACCCCCCGAUCACGGAGGACUUCCUCCUAGACGAGAACCGCACCGAAAAGAUCCAACAGAUGCAGCAAGAAGCGCGGGACUACCUGGAGCUGAACGAGCUGAAGCUGGUCCAGGCCAGCGGGGUUCUCUCUAGGAAGAAGAACCAUCUCCACAAGGCCAUGGAUUGGGUGUGGCUACAGCGCCAAUUGAUACAGAGGUGAUGGGUAUAUCCUUCUCCUACAUCUAAAUGCUGCUCUGGGGUCAAUGGGGGUAUAUCCUUCUGCUUUCAACUUUGACGAAUAAGACCAUGCUACACAAGGCACAUAGGAAAAUCCUGCCUACACAGGGCAACAUACUGGUUGAGGCUACAGUGCCUGUGCCUCGCUUAUAAAGUUUAGAAAAUUGUAUUGAAUGAGACAUUGUUUUAGCCCUUUUCCAGGGUUGUGUUUAGGCCAUAACAAAUAAUGCUGUGUUUCUGGUAGUAGGACCGAGUGAGAAAUAAAUAACCCUAA